AUGGGAAGCGCAUGGAGUAAGACAGACGAGGGUCUGGACGCACAGACUGCAGGAGUCAGUGCCGCCAAUAUAAUGCCAAACCCAUCGCAAGUGAUUGAAAACGUGGACAAUUCAGUCGAUACACUGGUGGGGGAACUGUUGGGCGCACCCGAAGAUCAGUUCAAAUUGGGUGCAAAGAUAGGAAGAGCUUCUUUCGGUGAGUGGAGGCGCGGCUCACGAGUUAAGUCAGGCGAAGAAGUGGUUAUCAAAUUGGAGUACAUUCCCAAUGAGUCACAGGCGGCACAACAUCUGGAAGUGGAGGUCGAGUGCUUCCGACGUCUGACCAAAGAGGCCGACAACUACUUUGGCACGCCCUCUGAAAACAUAAUCCAUUUGAUUGACUUUGGAUUAGCGAAGGAGUUCAUCGACCAGAAGACCAAAGACCACAUCCCUGUUAAGAAGAAUAAAGCACUGGUAGGUCCGCCCCGUUAUAUGAGUAGAUGGACUCACUUGGGUUAUGAGCAGUCCAGACGCGAUGACUUGGAAGCCAUCGGAUAUGUAAUCAUGUAUUUCCGCAAGAAUGGAGACCUCCCGUGGAGUGGACUCCCGGAGUCGUCGGCCCAGAAAAAGCGGGAUCUUAUCGGAGAGUUCAAGAGAAGCAUCUCUAUUGAGACCCUAUGUUAUGGUUAUCCGGAAGAGUUUGCUGAUUAUCUUCGAGCCAUCCGUUGUCUAGACUUUGAAGAGAAACCCAAUUACUCUAACCUUAAGAAACCAUUCAUUGAGUUGUUUCAGAAGAAUGAGUACAACGACGACGGGCUCUACGACUGGCAGCACCUCUUCUCUCAGCAAUAUAUCAAUUAA